UCACAAAAUAAACAGGAACAUGAUUCUACAAAAUCCAUAUUUUGUCACUUAUUCAGGGGGAGAAGUAGCAACUACGUUUAUUCAAAGCACAUUUAUUGUGGAGUUCUGAUACGUGCUUAUUAUAGGAAGCUCUGCCCGCAAGUCAUAUGACUUUAAUUUCCUGGCGCUUUUACGGUAAAUGAGCUCGAGCUGCACAUUUGGAAGGUAGCCGAAGUCGAACGCUGUUGUUUCCGGGUGAAGUGUUUUGGCUACCAAGUUAUCAUGUUUUGGUGCGCGUUUGUGGUUUUGUUCCUGGCUCUUGGAAAUGAACUCCACCUGUCACAUGCGACUGAGGUGUCAGUCAACAACACAGAGAAUAAAUUAUGCCUCUACGCCAAUUUGAUGGUCAACUUCUCAGUCACCUAUGAAGUUGGUGUAAAUAAGAGCGAAACGGUUCUUUUUGUACUGCCUGAAAAUGUGACAACAGAAGGGAGCACCUGCAAAAACACAACAUCAACAUUGAAACUCGGUUUUGGGGACGGGCACAGCUGGGCGGUUGAAUUCACUAAGGACAACAAAACGUACCAAGUAGAUUCCAUUGUCUUCACCUACAACCUCAAUGACUCAAGCGUCUUCACCAACUCUACAUCAAACGAAACCAAGUCUGUGACAGCAAAGCCAAGGAUCACCAACGUGGGUGUGGAUACCUACUACUCCUGCAAGAGCGAAAAUGUCCAGAGAGUAGAGUCUGUCACUCAGACACUGUAUGAUGUUACUUUACAGGCGUUUGUGACAAACGGCAGCAAAAGUGACACCGACACUGUAUGCGCUGCUGACCUAACCUCCACCACUGUGGCGCCCACCACGACCGUUACCACCACAGCUGCCCCCACUUCUACCCCUACACUGCCCACACCCACCACUGGAAAUUACAGCAUUGCACCCGACUUCAACAGUACAGCCUGCUUAAUGGCCACCUUCGGCCUGCGGAUCGGCUUCAAGCAAGGAGACAAAGUGGAGACCAUCAACCUGGUGCCCAGUGCGACUAAUGUGAGCGGGGCCUGUGGGGUCAACAGCAGCAACCUCACACUGACAUCGGACACAAUCAAAAUCAUGUUCACUUUCAGCAACGACAGCAAGAAGUUCCACCUGCACGCUCUGAACGUCACAGUGAAACCAGCCACUGGGGCGGCUGUCGUUGCAGUCAAUACCAACAUGUCCAUUUGGGCUGCGGCGGUAGGCAGCUCCUACAUGUGCAACAAGGAGCAGACAUUAACUGUCACCGAAACGCUCACUCUCUACACGUUCAAGCUUCGCGUCCAGCCCUUUGGGGUUGAAAAAGGGGAAUUUGCUACAGCCCAUGAAUGUUCACUGGAUGACACCAGCAUCUUAAUCCCAGUCAUUGUUGGUGCAGCCCUGGCCUGCUUGAUUCUCAUUGUAGUGAUUGCUUACGUGAUUGGUCGAAGGAAGACCUAUGUGGGAUAUCAAACCCUCUAAAAAGCAAUCUGUGAUCAUGAAUCCAGAACACAGUUUGAUCCUUAUGUGUCAGGGGGGUCCCAAAGCCUGAUCCUGGAUUGGCUGUGUAAUCUUUCCAUUAAUGACUAACUCACAAAACUGGAAUAGUCAGCCACUCUUAAAAGCUGCUUUUAGACUUGAUUAGGCUAGCUUCGCUUAAGUUUAGAUUUGAGUAGCUUUGUUCAGGUAAAUCUGAAUACUCAAAACGCUCUCCAGGACCAGGUUGGACCACCCAUGUUCUUUGUGUAAUUUCCCUUUUUGUUUGAUUUGCUUUGUAUUUUUUUUUCCCCCCUUCUCCCCUUUUUUUUUGGGAAAGGAGCGGUGCAGGAUUCUCUGCCUCUGUGUUUACCAGUACAGUAUAGAAGGCCUUAUUUAUUGCAGAAUCACUGAAAGUGGUUGUUUCCAAUGAUUCUUGUUCAGUGUAGGCUCUCUUUUGAUCAAGUAGCAUAUUUUAUAGAAACUCCAGUCAGAGUACUUGUGCUACUGUUUGCACAUUUUCACGAGGAGUUGUGACAAUUGGGUGCCGUGCCCUUGUCACGGUGAAUCAUGCUCCCUCUCCCUCACUUUUUUUUUUUGUUUCAUAUGUUGUUAUUUAAUUUCUGUGUACAUUUCAGUUCAACCUUUCUUUUGUGGUUUCAUUCAUCCUCGCAAUUCAUUGUAGCAGCGCAACAUUUUGACAACUUGAACAUUUUAGAAUUUGCCUCGCAGCUCAAUGAGACUACAUUGAGUAGCUUUGUUUUGUCUCAGGAACUCCUUACUAACUAACCAGGAUAAAGGUCUGCUGCUUCGCUCUCCUCUCUCCCCUUACUGAUAAUCCACUAGUCACAAUAGUUUGAAUCUGGAAAGGGAAGACUUUACGACUGAAAUCUGUGUGGCCACAUUAAAAAACAGUGGUAUUAUUGGCAUAUAGUGCUUUCUCCAAGUUGACGUUACCAAACAAGGGAUCUGUCCCUAUAUGUUCACACACAGCACUAGUUGACAUGUUUGCCACUAAUGUCUGUUUGUCUCAGAAUUAUGUGUUAACCCUUUGACUGACUGGUUCAUUUUGUGAGGUGUGAAAUCUACCUUGAAGUGUUAAACUAACUCUGAAAAGUCCAUGAGGAUGUAAAAGAUGAACCUGAAAAGAGAAAUGAAACCAAACCCCCUCUCCCGUCAUGACAUCUUGGCAUUAGGUUUCAAAAAGGGAUAGCUGUAGUUGACUUAUUUGCUGCCAUUCAAAUGUAUUCUUCGCAGAUGGUGAUUAUUUUGUACAUAUAAAUGCAUUAAAUCGUUUAGUAAGUUUGACGUAAGUUCAAAAUGCAUGCUGCUCCGGAAAGCUGCCAGUUAGUAAAGGGAACUUGUAAACAGAGCUGGGGUCAAUUGCAUUUUACAAUCAAGACAAUUUCAGUAAAUUGAUUUCUAAUUCCAAUUGUCCUCUCUGCUCUUCAGUGAGGAACAUUUGAAUGUAAAUUUUUGUUUACUUCCUGAAUUGACUGAAAUUAAAUGGAAUUAACUCCAACCCUGCCCAGUUAACACCUUGUAAGUUGUACCUGUCGACAGAGAGUGGUAGUAAAGGUCAUUGUCCACAGGAUGUGUAUAUUUUUAUACUGUUAGAAUGGGAUACAAUGGGUAUUAUGUUGUAGUGCGGUGGUCAGCAUGAGACAUGAAUACAUUUGAUUGCUGCCUUAAAUUGCUGUUGAUUCAACCAAUUUUUCUUCAGAUUAUGUGAAUGAUUCAUUUAUUCCUUAUCAAAUAUAUUUGAUUCUUGCUUUACAGUCCGGUGUGAUGUGUCUUGGAAAAUUCACUGCUUUUCUACAAAUCCUGUUUGUUACUAUGAUUCUAAAAUUGGCUUCUCAGACCCUGUAUAAAAUCAAUUCUAAAAUACCCUUUGGAAUCUUAACAUUUACUACUCCCAAUUUUUUUCAUUCACUUGACAUGAUAAUGAAUGUUGUGAUUGUGACAUUUGUGCCUUACUCAAUGAAGCUUGUCCAUUUGAGAUUCAUUCAGGUUUGAUAUCUUUACAUUUAAUGUAUUCUCCGCUAGUCUAAAUGUCUCCUAUUUUAUGAAUUCAAAAUGCAUCAUGUUAAGAAAAGGGAAUUCCCUAUUACAGGACAGGCCCAUCCUCCAAAUGUAAGAUGCAUUGUAUUUUCUUCUGUGUAACUCCAAACAAAUGUUCAUUUUUGAAUUCCUUUUCAAUAGGCUUUUCGCUGCAAUAAACGGGAAUGGAAAUUGUCCCCCAAAACAA